AUGGCCUCUAUUCGCGUUCUCUCCUUCGAUGCUGAGGGCCGUCCCGUGCAGUUCACUUCCUGGCUCGACGACCUGCAGUUGUAUCUUAUGAGCAAUAGCACGGACCACAUCUCCCUCUAUGACUACGCGUCUGGUGCUGCCGCUGCUCCUGCCGCCACAGCUGAGCUUAGUGUUCGUUCCCACUGGCAGACUCGUGACGCAGCUGCUCGCCUAGCCAUUCGCAGUCACCUGCCGCUAGCUGAGCUCGAGCAUUUUGGCGACUGCAAAUCCGCUAAGGCCCUGUACGAUGCUGUCGUUGCUCGCUACUCCUCGCCUGCCACAGCCGAGCUUAGCCGCCUCAUGCUGCCGUACCUGUUCCCCGAUCUGUCCACCUUUACUACAGUCGCCGAUCUUAUCACCCACCUUCGCACUAGUGAUGCUCGCCUACGUGCCGCCCUUCCCACCGAGUUCUGCGCUAAGAACCCCCCUCCACUCUCCCAGCAGCAGCAGCGUCCCCAGACGACCCAGCAGCUUCGUGAGUGGCUUGCUCAGCGUGGGACGUCGGGGGGCAGUGGCCGCUGUUCCUAUGUCAUUCGCACAGGUGACCGCAAGGGACAGACGUGUGGGAGGUUCCACACCCCGUACCGCUGCUUCUCCCGCCUUGACGACGCUUGGCGUGAGGAGAUGGGUGCGGAUGUUGAGCGCCCCCGCUGGGCUGAGCUCAUGAGGGCUGGGGUUGAUGUCUUUGCUCUUGACUAUGAUGCUAUUAUUGCUGCCAUGUAUGCAUUGACUGUUAGUGCCGAGGGAGACUGUUACUUGUGUGUGCCGCCUGACCCAGGUAUAGAGCCCGCUGCCCUGGGUACUAGUGAGUCUGCUCUCUCUGGUAUGGUGCCCCCUGUACUUGCUCCCUCCAGUACUGUCCCGGCUGGUUUCGAGUCUGCUCUCUCAGGUACAGCACUCACAGAGACUGCUCUCUCAGGUACCGCACCGGCUGAGGCCUGUCACACCUUCACCCUUGACUCAGGUGCUUCCCGUUGCUUCUUUCGUGACAGUACUGAGCUCACACCGCUUCCUGCACCGGUCCCAGUCUCCUUGGCUGACCCCUCUGGGGGCCCAGUCCUUGCCCAGUCCACCACUGUCCUCCCUUGUCCGGCGGUUCCGUCUGGCUCGUUGUCGGGUUUCCACCUCCCCUCGUUCUCGACGAACCUGGUGAGCAACGCUGUCCUCCAGGAUCAGUGGGUUGACACCUUUACCCCUGGAGGACAGCGUGUGGCGAUCUGCACGUGCUCCAGGACCGGCCGUCACCUGGCUACGUUUACCCGUCGGCCGGGGUCGAGUCUCUACACACUGACCACUGCGUCUCCUCAGGUCGCUGCUGUCGGUCAGGUGUCUGCGUCAGGUCUGGUAGCCCACGCCUGUGAGUGUCGUUCCCUGUCGCACCAGACUCUUCUCUGGCACCACCGCCUGGGUCACCCCUCCUUGCCACGCCUUCGUGGCAUGCACCGUCGCCACCUUGUGUCUGGUCUUCCCAGGUCCCUCCCUCCCCUCCCUGCCUCGCCUGCGCCGCCUUGCCUUCCUUGCGUCGAGGGGCGGCAGCGCGCCGCUCCUCACUCCUCCUCGUUCCCCCCGACAGAGGCUCCUCUGCAGACCCUCCACCUGGACGUGUGGGGCCCAGCCCGCGUUCGUGGUCAGGGCGGUGAGCGGUAUUUUUUGCUGGUUGUCGACGACUACUCGCGUUACACCACGGUCUUCCCCUUGCGCACCAAGGGUGAGGUCCCUGCUGUUCUGAUCCCUUGGAUCCGCACGGUUCGUCUCCAGCUCCGCCGCCGUUUCCGGACGGAUCUUCCUGUCCUGCGUCUGCACUCUGACAGAGGUGGUGAGUUUUCCUCCGAUCUCUUGAGGACCUUCUGUCAGGCGGAGGGCAUCGAGCAGACCUUCACGCUUCCGGACUCCCCACAGCAGAAUGGGGUUGCUGAGCGCCGCAUUGGCCUGGUCAUGGAGGUCGCUCGUACCUCCUUGGUCCACGCGGCGGCUCCCCAUUUUCUGUGGCCGUUUGCUGUCCGGUACGCCGCGCAUCAGCUCAACCUCUGGCCCCGUGUCUCCUUGCCGGAGACGUCGCCCACACUGCGUUGGACGGGGGAGGUUGGCGAUGCGUCGCGCUUCCGGGUGUGGGGUGCUCGUGCCCUUGUCCGCGAUACGUCCACGGACAAGCUCUCCUCCCGCACGCUUCCCUGUGUCUUCCUUGGCUUUGUCCCUGACGCGCCUGGCUGGCAGUUUUACCACCCCACCUCGCGCCGGGUCUUCGCCUCUCAGGAUGUCACCUUUGACGAGUCGGUCCCUUUUUACCGUCUCUUCCCCUACCGCACUGCCCCCCUCCCUCCCCCGCCACUUUUCCUUGCUCCUGGUCCCCCUCCGGUAGACCCCCUUCCCCCUCAGGGUCCUGCUCCUUCAGGUGUCUCUCAGGUAGACCCUCCUCCCGUCGCUGAGCCUGUCGAGGUCACAGGUGACUCAGGUGCUGCUGCGGGUGGUGCUGCUGGGCGUGCUGAGCCUGGGGGUGCUGAGCCUGGGGGUGCUGGGCCUGGGGGUGCUGGGGCUGCGGGUGCUGGGACUGAGGGUGCUGGAGCUGAGGGUACGGUGCCUGAGAGUACGGAGCCUGGGGGUGCUGAGCCUGGGGGUGCUGAGCCUGCGGGUGCGGGGCCUGGGAGUGCUGGGACUACGGGUGCUGGAGCUGAGGGUACUGUGCCUGAGAGUUUGCCGCCUGGGGGUGCUGAGCCUGGGGGUGCUGAGCCUGCGGGUACUGAGCCUGCGGGUACUGAGCCUGGGGGUGCUGCUACUGAGCCUACGGAGCCUCGGGUUACUGCGUCUGGGGGUGCUGAGCAGUCUCUCACACCGCAGCAGCUUCGUGACUGGUACGUCCGGCGCUUUCGCCGUCCUAGUGGCUCGGCUGGAGUUGGGGGUGCUGGGGCUGCUCGUCCUGGGGGUGCUCGUACUGGGGGUACUGGAGCUACCGGGACUGGUUGUUCUGGGAGCACUGCGACUGGAGCUGCUGGAGCUGGGGACUCUGGCGCUGGCGGUGCUAGCGGAGUUGGAGCUGCCGACUCUGGGGGUGGCGCUGCUGCUGGUGCUGCGGACCCGCCUGGUGGAGCUGCUGCUGGAGCUGAGGACUUGUAG